AUUCUGCUAGGUAUCAUCUCUCCCCGGUUGAUACCAGUCUUUCCCUCGUUGGCGAGCGGACGUCCCUUUCUCCGUCGUCCGCCACCAUAAAACGUAUGUACAUUGGCAGCGCCGCCCAAUAUGGCUAUCUUGAAACCUUUCCAACUUUUAGAAAUAAACAUCAUUUCUGCCCAAGAUUUGGAGCAUGUGUCGAGGAAAAUGAAAACAUAUACCAAAGCAUGGGUGCAUUCGGAUCGAAAACUUUCUUCGAGUGUUGAUGCCAAAGGCCAUGUCAAUCCUACAUGGAAUGACAAAUUUGUUUUUAGGGUCGAUGAAGAAUUUCUUCGACGAGAUACAUCUGCAGUUAUGAUUGAAAUUUACGCGGUGAAUUGGUUCCGGGAUACCCUUGUUGGCACCGUGCGUGUCCUCGUCGGAAACCUCAUCCCGCCGCCGCCUUUGAGGAAACGCCACCAUUUUGGAAUGCGUUUUGUUGCACUUCAGGUUCGUCGUCCAUCAGGGCGUCCGCAGGGAAUAUUGAACAUUGGCGUGGCCCUUCUCGACAGCUCCAUGCGAAGCAUGCCACUGUACAGACAACUCAGUGCUUCGGCAGUUGGAAUUCGAGAUCUAAUGGAGGAUUCAAAUCUUCAUAAUUCAAACAACAAUCAGCCUCCAAAUUUGAAACCCAUUUUUCAGCGUUCGAAAAGUGAACGCAGCGAGCGCUUUACUUUUGAUAGUUUUUCUAUGGCUAACAGUUCAUUAGUUGCUAUCCCGGGACAGAGAGACAAUGGGAGUUGCAUUUUGAGUUUUUCAGAAAUUGAGGAUCCAGUUGAAGGCACGAAGAAGAAGGGGAAAGCGAGUUCGGUUAUCAAUGGCGCGGAAUUGGUAGGGAAAACUAGGCAGAAAGGGAAGAAAGGAAAGGCAAGCUCUGUUGUAAGUGAUUCGAUUUUUAGCAAAAAAUCUUCUGUUUAUGUUAAGAAUGUGAAUCAAGAUUUGACAACAAAAUACCAGAGAAAUAAGGAUGAAAUUGAGAAGAAUAAUGGCACACAAGGUGAAGAACAUAAGGUGUUUGAUAAGGUGCAUGUGAGAGAUGGUAAGAAAAUUGGGGAUGAAAAACCUCCAAUCCCGAUACCCAAUGGAUAUGGCUAUGGUCAAGCAAAAGGGUCGUUGCCAAGUGGCAAGUUUGUGCCGUUCAAACCAAGUUCAACUUUGUCCAUCUCCGAAGUUGGGCCGUCUCCUUCUGAGGUGGCGGCAGCAUUGGCUGCCCGGGAAAGGAAAUAUCCUUUGGAUGAUUACGAAAGCUCGGUUUUGAGUGGCUGGAGCUUGGAUGAUAGCAUUGAAGGGCCAAUGUCAAAACUUGAGAGGUGGCGGAAGGAGCUGCCUCCAAUUUACGACCGUGGCUUUUCGACGAGUAGCUUCUCAUCGACCAGCCAACAACGUGUUCGACGGCGCAAUGAUAGAGGUGGAAAUGGCUUAUUCUCGUGCUUUGGAGUCAUAUGUGGAUACGAGUGCCAGUGCGUUUGCGGGCAGCCUCCCGGAAGAAAGAGCAGUCACAGCACCAAACACUACAGCCCAUCACUUUCAUACCUUUGAGGCAGAUUAUCGUAGUCGUUUUUCUUGGCGAAGAUGAAUUUUUUGGCGAAGUGGAUUCUAUGGUCCUUGACAGUAAUAAGCAAGCAAAACAUUAAAAAAAUUAAAAAAUUAAAAAAAUAAAAUUGAAAUCUUGUUUACUCCAGUAUCAAGUUCAAUUCACUACGUACAGUGGAGGAUUGUCCAUUGAAGCAUUGAGGUGGUGCAAGUUCAAGGAGAAGUUCAUGAUGAGCCUAUUCAAUCUUCCAUUAACUGGUUAUCUAUUUUUCACCAUUUUCCUGUAAUUAUGUAUCUGUUUAGUUUUGUCUAUCAAAGAAAAGUUCCAAAACAAUUCUAAUCAAUCUAUAAUAAGUUCCUGAAUUCUUUUGUUUUUUUUUA